AUGCAGCAGCAUCCAAUUUUUCCAUAUCCGCCUUCCCGGGCCGGGUACUGGGCCCCUAUAACUUCAACACUGAACUGGUGCGAAGAGAGCGCCUUCCUUGGUUACCUCACAGUCGGCUUCGGCAGCUUCCUCUUCCACGCUACCCUGAAAUACCCCAUGCAACUCGUCGACGAGCUUUCUAUGAUCUACACAACCUGUUUAGUCUGCUAUGCCACAUUUUCCUACUCCAAACCUACGAAAACUCGCGUACUCCUAGCCCUAUUCCUCCUGGCCCUUGCUAUUGUCAUAACUUUAUACUACCACUAUAUCCAAAACCCAAUCUUCCACCAAAACGCCUAUGCUCUUCUCACGGCUAUUGUUCUUCUUCGCAGCAUGUGGGUCAUGGAGGCUGCGCUGCGGCCAUCGUGGCGCAAUAAAGGCCUGGAACGAAACCAACAGCUUCACUCCUACGAAGACAUGCGUGACCUGAAGAUCUUGCAUACUAUGUGGGUUAUGGUGGCUUACGGCCUCGCCACCUUCUUGGGCGGCUUCGCGAUCUGGAAUCUGGACAAUGUGUUCUGCUCCCGCUUGCGCGGAUGGCGAAGAAAGAUCGGGCUGCCCUGGGGCAUCCUAUUGGAAGGUCACGGCUGGUGGCAUCUUAUGACUGGAAUUGGCGCCUACAUGUACAUUGUCUGGGGAAUAUGGCUACGUCACUGUCUGAAUGGACGCCAGGAAGAAUAUCAAUUACAAUGGCCCCGCAUUUAUAGUUUUCCGGACGUCGUUCGCGUUUCAAAUCAGGGCAAGAGGAGCACAAAUGGUUCGACCAAGUUACCAGCGGCGCAUAAACCAUAUCAUAAUGGUAUGGCGAAGAAGAUCAAUUAG